GACUGACACAGUGACAACAGAAAAUUUUUGACACUUCGCGAAUGGUCAUUCUCAAAAAUGGCUGCUUCGGGAGGAAAUAUAGAAUGGUCUACAGCAGUAAAACCAAUUUUAACAGCUCUUUACGGCCCAUUUUUCGAUAAAAAUGAUGCCGUAGAAAUCAUUCAAGCUAUUAUUAAAAGCGAAAACGAAUUCGAAAAUCAUGAAGACGUCUACGAUCUGUUCUACACCUGCUUUGCGUGUCUUUCAGCGCACUUUAUCAGCAUCAAUGCAAAUAACUUACCAGCUGACCAGCUCAGCACAGCCCAUGAUGCCUUCAGAAUUAUGCUACGACAUAUUCUCAAGAAGAUUUCUCAAGCCGUCUUGACUUAUGAUGACUCCAUUAACAUGGCUGCACCCAAAGUCACUUUUAAACAGCUGCUUUUGCCAAUUCUUGGUCUGUGCGGCAUUGAUGGUGGGGGUCUCCCACAAUCAGAACUUGCAAUAUUGACUUCUCUUCUCAAGUCAUCCAAACUUCCUGCACAUGUUAAUGCACCAGAAACUCAAACUACAAAGUCAUCAGUGAUACCGAGCCCUAUCACAUCUCUUGCAUCUCAAUCAGCAACAACAGAGAAACAGCCUCCAUCAAAUGCUCAACGUAGGUCAGAUGCAUUGCUGGAGCAACUGACCCUGCCAUUAAGGAAUACAAUGACUUGUCUAACCCAGAAUCAGCCAGCUACAGGGGUUGUGUCACCCGGAAGUAAAGAUAGUUUGGAAAGCACCAAAGAUGGGAAUGCUUCUCAGCAGGCUUCAAUAGACAUAAAGAAGUGGAUGUAUGCAACUUGUGCAUCCCUUUUAAUGGAGCUCCGAGCUGGACCCAUGUUACUGAAGGUUUGCUCAUCUCUGCCCUGUCUGUACCGCUACUUGACCCGUUGGCGAGACGCUAAAGAAAGCGCCAUACCACCACAAUUUAACUCUGAAGUCAAACUCCUCAACUUCUUGAUGAAUGAAGCUUACGUGUGUCGAAUGGCAUUAUCUCUGCCGUGCCUCGAGCCCUUGACGCCGGAGCGCAUUGCUCUGCUCAGCGACCUCGCCACCGCCUGGCUCGUGUGCGCAGUUACCGCGCAGGCAACUCUUCAUCCACGAGAUGAUGAAAACGAGGAAAUGACAGCUACUUUAGUUGAGAGAGCACUCGGUCUCUACAACACAAUUGGAGAAACUUUCAAGCAAUCCACUCGGGCCGGUGGCUACGUUUAUCAAAACCAUCUGAUGAUCGGUGCUUGGGUUCUGCUAUGUGGCUUUCACCACGCGCUUGGUGGAGCACCUGGAACUACUGCGCCGCGGAGUCCUGCCAAAGCACCCUCGCGGCCCUACAACCUCACUAAAAUGCAACAAAGUCUCAGCGUGGUGUGGGUGGCGCUGGGGGACCGUUGCCUGGCGUGGACCGGCGCGCUGCUGUCGGACGCGCGGCUGGAGGCGCUGAGCGCGGCCAGCGCGCCCGCCGCCGACACGCCCGCGCCGCUGCAGAUCCUGGCGCACCACACGGCGCACCAGAGAGAGCUGCGACUCGCUUCGGCUGCACCCUUGCACCAAUUGCUGGUAUCGCUGGCUGUGGUUUGUUACCGCAAAGCGACGAACUUGAAGCGAGCCGUUGUGCAGAAGCAGAACCAAGACGCCGAUCCCGACAGAUCCGAUUCUACUGUUUACUUCCAGGACAUGAUACUCUGCUCCGAAGACUCUGAGACUGACGAUGAAGACAGCGAGCCGCUGUUCGGGCUGUGGUUCGAGUCGACGCUGGUGGCGCCGGACGCGCUGGAGAGCGGCCUGACGCGCGCGGGCGCGGCCGACAGCGACGACGUGCCCGACGACAACGCCGCCGCGCAGCAGGCCUUCAUGCUCGACAAGGCGGAGCCCUACUCGUAUAUAACACUGGCAACAGAAAUAUUCAAUCUAUUAACUGAAGAAAUAAUUGGCGAAGGUGUAGAACGACUGGGAGCUACAUCACAGCAAUUACAUGAAGCACACCAAGCAUUGCUGGCUGCACUUGCAAAGGAUCUUGAUAGAGAAACUGCUAGGACUGACACCGGCACAAUAUCGCCAUGUUUCGGAGCACGUCUCGGCGCGCUGUACGCCUCGUUCAGUUCUGCGCUCGUGCGAUACUUGCACAACUUACAGCCGCUGCUGCAGCAACAACUCAUCUCCACAGGCUCCGAUAGGAACAAUAUGACCCCUCUUCAGGUUGGUCCCAGAGUAGCGAAGCUGCUUGGUGGUAUGGUCCUGAGUAAGGUAGCAGCGGACCGUGAGAACAGCAUCCUUGUCAUAUGGCAUAAGAUCAUCAACACUCUUCAGGAGUGUGCUCUACAAAACCAACCCAGCCAAGACCACGAUUAUGAAGACCUGAAUGUUGAACAUGCACAGCUUCUCGUGUACUUAUUCCAUUCUUUGACACUGAUGCAGAAGAAAUCUGUAUUGCUAAUGACGUCAAAUGCGAUUAUUAAAGUUGUUGAAACUCUCGGUAUAAGUGAUAGAAAACGAGCAAUGAAUCUGGCGCCCCACCAGCUCAUGUUGACAACCAGACUGAUGCUUCUAUUGGAAUAUCUGAUGAAACACCUCUAUGAUGCACCCCAGACCUUGCUACAACAGAUUGAAUGGAAUCUGGUAAUAGCGCCCGGUCUAGCGCAGCGUUCGUCGGAUGCGACUACUACAGGCGUGAAGACUACCACAGAUAACGGCCAACUCAAAACUCGUAUAUAUUGCGAAGUUCCUUUUAUUGAACUUGCUUAUAGGACUCCAACGCAAGACGACACUUCCAUGAGACCUAGGUUCUACGCACUCACUAACGCGGAGAUUAAUAACCAGGAAAAUCCGAAAUUAGACGGUUUGGCGUGCAACUUCGUCCUGGGAACUCCCCACAAGUUGAAAUAUCCCUUGUUGUUAGACGCAUUAUUGUCCUUGUUGAACUCUGCGUGUCUCUGUGACAACCCGCAAUACCACAACUCGCCGGCUGCGCUCGCCGCGGCGCAUUACUGUUUCCAAACUGCUUGGAGACUGGUGAUAAGCAUGCCGCCGGCCACCCCGCACAUGGACAAGCUGCAGGCCGGCAUCGCGGCCGAGCUGCCGUCGCCGCUGCCGCUGCACGCGCUGGUGUGGGCGCCGCGCGCGGACAACAAGAAGGUCUUCAACCCCUGGCUCAAGGACGCGCUCGUCAAGCAGGGCAUGUACACGCAGUAUGCGGAAAAUUUACUGGCUGGUGUGAGUGCGUCGUGUGACAAUAUCAAAUACACAGCGUGGCUCGCUUCUGAGACUAUGAAACACCUGAAACAAAACCUUACAUCCGAUGGUCUGCCGUCACUCCUUGAUGUAAUAUCAUGCGACGCAGCUCUGAUGAGACUGAAGGUCUGUCUCGUCGACUCUGCAACUGCGUCGGAAGCACAUCAGUUCAUGCCCGACUUGCUGGAUUUGCUCGAGACUAUUCUCGAAUGCUGCCGACUGAGCGUGGGUAUCGAGAUCGAAGGCUCGGCGGAGAGCACGAGCAACGCGUCGGACGCGGCCGUGUCGUCCGUGCGCCUGCAGGUGUGCGGCGCGGCGGGCGUGGCGCGCGCGGCGGGCGCGGCCGGCCCGCCCGCGCUCGGCACGUGGCUCAAGGCGCAGCUGCCGCCCAACGUGGCCGCGGCCGUCGAGGCCUGCGCCGUGCCGCCGCCGCUGGCCGUCAACGCUACCUUGUACGAGUCCCACAUCAUACCAUCCGAGAGUGCUGUUCUGCAACUUGUGUCGUCACACAGCGAGCUAAUGAUUGUCGGUGGGAAAUACUCCAUCGGAGCAUCGUUGACAAUGCUAGCCUAUUCUGCUGCCAAGCUUCUAGAAAUUGGCUCUAGCAAACUAGCUGAGAAUACAAAUCUAACUAAAAAGACCUUGGAAUUAAUUGUUCCCGCCCUGACCGAUGGCAGGCUUCAAUUCUUAGCAGAACCGUUAGCAGCAACAUUGAAUGCUUUAGUCCCACAAGUCAAUAAAGCGGAGCAGCUCAUCCACGAACAUAUUUUUAAGACUACAUACUCUGUGCUUGUUGAUCAUUUACAGCCUUCCACAGAGAAUACCUUAAGGCACAUGGUGAUUUACUGGGAGAAGAUUCUAGAUCGUCCAGCGGGUAGAGUAGCUUACGAGAAUGUAUUCGCUGAUAACUCUGGUUACUCCCUCGGUAAAAUACUCCUAGCUGCACCAAAUGGAAAGAGUGCAUUUACUGAAAGGGUCAUAAAACUUUUCAUUAAAAUAUUUACCGGUUGUGACAACUCCGAACUGAACAGCGCUUUAUGCGUAUCAGUUUGCAAGUUCAUCGGCGUCGCGGAUCAACAAAAACUCCUCAGCCUACUCUCCCACAUUUGCUUAGUCACACCAGCUCCCACGAACGGCAACGUGGGCACCGCGAACGCGUCCCCGACGGAGACGGAGCUGCCCACGCCCACGUCGUCGGCGCCCGACGGCAACCCCGCGUCCGUGGCGCUGCGGAACGCGCUGCGCUCCGUGUUCCGCACCGAUGACGCGCCGCGCAACGACAACGCCAACAGGAACGACCAGGACUUGCCCGUCUUCGACGCCCCUAUACCUGCGCCUAGACCUCCGUUAGAAACUGUACAACAAUCUAGUAACUCAGAAAAUGGAAGUUGGCCUGAAGGUGGCAGCAAGGAGAAUACAAACGCGGUAGUCGUCAGCACCGAAGCCGGCAACCCCUUUGAUUCCUCUAACGAUAAUGCCACAUUGCUUUCUUUGCUUUGUAAACACAUCGUCCAUCACGGCGGCGAGAAGGUGUGCGAGCGCAUGGUGGGCGCACUCAUCAACGUGAGCGGGACGACGUGUGCGCCGGUGCUGCUGCGCGAGCUGUGCCGCCUGGCUGACGCGCACGCCGGCUCUGACCACCGCCACCUGUUCCCUGCUGCACUUGGCUGGCUGUCCACCUGUGUGGAGAACCUUAGUAGUCCUGAGGUGUUAGAGAAGUUGGAAGAAGGUCAAACAGACGCUAAUAUAACCUCGCAGAUAGAAUCAGCAUGUGUCCUUCUAUCUUAUCUGACCGAUGCAUUGCAUACUAUUGGUUCUUCGCAGCCUCACACUUGGCGAUCUAUUAGUCCCACUUGGGAAUCUCCAUCGGAUCUUGGAUUUGACUUAGAUUACGCAGACGAACAACAAGACGAAGAUGAUACGAGUGCUGAUGAUUCUGAUGAAGAUGCGAUGCUGCAGUACAAACUAUGCACGUUCACGGUGACGCAGCGCGAGUUCAUGAACCAGCAUUGGUAUCAUUGUCACACGUGCAAGAUGGUGGACGGCGUGGGCGUGUGCACGGUGUGCGCGCGCGUGUGUCAUCGCGGACACGACGUUUCCUACGCCAAGUUCGGAAACUUUUUCUGCGACUGUGGUGCUAAACCAGACUCGAGCUGUCAAGCUCUAGUAAAGCGGUCGGUGACCCUCGGUGGAGCUCGCGGAGCUACCACCGGGAUGGAAGAAACUCCACCUGCGCCUUCUAUUAGACGUCGGCCCUCCAGCCCUACGCCCCCUGCGCUGCUCGCACCUCCACGUCGACCAGUCCUCGCACACAACAUUCAAGGAUGCCGCUCGUUCUUGCUGUCGUACAACGGCUGGCCCGGGUGCCUGGAGCGUGUGCGGCGCCUGCUGGGCGCGCUGGCGGGCCCCGUGCGCGCGGCGUGCGAGCGCGGCGCGGCGGUGGGCGCGCACGGCCGCGCCCAGCGCGCGCUCGCGCAGCUGCACCUCGGCGAGAAGCGGUUCACGCACACCGAUACGCUCAUGUUGCCCACACUAGGUUCGCAAGAAGGUGCAUUUGAGAACGUACGCAUGUCGUACACCGGUGAGAACGGACAAACGAUCCGACAGUUGAUGUCCGCGCACAAGCUUCGUCGCGUCGCAAUGUGCUGCCUCGCCUCGCCGCAUGGACGUCGACAGCAUCUCGCUGUAUCGCACGAGAAAGGAAAAAUCACAGUUCUACAACUGUCAGCGUUACUGAAACAAGCCGACUCAUCUAAACACAAGCUGACACUGACUCGUCUGUCCUCUGCGCCUAUACCGUUUACCGUGCUCAGUCUCAGUGGAAACCCUUGGAAUGAAGACCUGUUGGCUGUGUGCGGCUUAAAAGAGUGCCACGUCCUUACGUUUAACAGUGGUGGUGCUGUAGCUGAUCACUUUGUUUUAAAUACGGGCUUGGAAGCAAAUAAUUACGUGAUCAAAGCAAUCUGGUUGGCGGGAUCGCAAACACAGUUAGCUCUCGUCACCUCUGACUUCGUUAAGAUAUUUGACCUGAGCAAGGAUUUAAAUAAUCCGAUGCAUCAUUUCCUUGUGCCGAGCGGAAAGGUCCGCGAUGUUACCUUUGUCAAUCAAGAAGAUAUUAUGCACAUGUUGUGUAUGAGCUCUGCUGGUCACAUUUACUGGCAGCCCAUGAGUGAAGAGUCUCGGGCCACUCUGGGAACAUUCUAUGUUACCAAUACCCUUGAAGUAUUACAUCCUGAAAUUCAAGAUGUUGCUGGAUUAGUUGGAGGUGGUGGCGUGUCGAUAUACUACUCGCACAUACUGAAGAUGCUUUUCUUCUCAUACGCUCAAGGAAAGAGCUUCCUUGCACCACUGAACACCGUCGAAGACAGCGUGAAAGGCACGGCGAUGAUAACGCUGUCGUCGUCGUCGGCGCAGAAAGAGGGCGGGCGCGGCAAGCAGGGCGGCGUGCAGUCGCUGUGCCAGUGGGCCGAGGUGCCCGGACACCCCGGCCUCGUGUCGGCCGUCAUGCAGGCCUCCAACAACCCCGUCGUACUCAUGCUCACGCCUUCCAACAUAUACGUACAGGAGAUCAAGGUGGUACCGGCGAAAGCAAAGAUAACAGAUAUGGUAGCCGUCCGCCAUUGGUGUGGAGGCGGCGGAGAACAGAAGAGCACGCUUAUAUUGCUGUGCGAGGACGGUAGCUUGCGGAUGUACGCGGCAAACAACGAACACACAGGCUAUUGGUUGUCACCUGCUAUACAGCCCGUGCACGCAUCCAGACGGAGGCCGAGACUCCUUACUCAUCACACCAAGGGAAAAACGCAACAGGUUGUGACAAAAUCUAAUUUAAAUGGAAGUCAACAAUUUCCGAUUGACUUUUUCGAGCACUGUGUCGCUAUGAGCGACAUCGAAUUCGGCGGCAAUGACUUGCUUCAGGUUUACAACACAGCUCAAAUUAAACAUCGUCUAAAUACUACAGGUCUAUAUGUAGUGUCAACAAAAAUGAGCGGCUUCUUAAUGGAAGUUGUCAAUUCUGAUCCUAACAUGGUCAUUUGUGGAAUACGAGUGUUGCUGGGCAAUCAAGACCUUGCCAGGACGCCGGCUUAUGUCGAGAUCCAUGGGAGAUCGAUACAGACAAUAGUAGUUAGAAACCGUUGGUUUGAUAUUCCUUUGACUCGUGAAGAGUCCUUGCAGUCUGAUAAGAAACUUGUCAUAAACUUUGGUCCCUCUCAAGACCCCGAUGGUGUUACAAUGGUCAAUUCUGUGAAGGUCUACGGCAAAAAUAAAGAACAGUUUGGGUGGCCAGAAGAAAACGAAGACCCCUCUACUUGUGCUUCAUCGAGCAAGGUUGCUCAGGAAUCAGAAAGCAGUAGUGGAUCAUGGAAGCCCAGUUCCUUGGAGCGUUUAGCGUGCGCGGCUCUCGAGGCGCUGGAGCUAGGUGCAGGUGCGCCCGCCAGCAGCGGAGCAGCGGCAGGAGCGGAGGCUGGCGCUGAAGCUGCGCGCAAGCUGCUGUGUGCACCGGCCUCUGCCCAUUUACACGCAAGAGCGCAAUGUCUGCUACGAGCCGUUCAUCAGUCGCAGUAUCAUCAAUUCAAGGACCAAGCAAUACUCAAAUACAUAUCGAUAUCUCUCCGGGAGCUGCGCGACACGACGGACGCGCGUAACAUCGACCCCGAGGCGUACUUCCGCCUCGUGCUGCUGGCGCGCGGCGUGGCCGUGGCUCGCCCGCAACACCUCGUCAAGUACAGCGCGCCCACGCCGCCCAAACCAGCCGAUGGAGACUGGUCAAUGCUCUGGAAAUCCGAAGUGCAAGAAGAACCGGAUCGAGAGCCGCAUCUAUGCGCACUUCUGAGCAGUGUGCUGUGGAAGCUAACUGCUUGUCGUAGUCAGACCACGGGCCCGCCCGGCAUCCUGUCGUACGGUCUGCGGCAUGCCGAGCACACCCUGCACGCACUCGCUGAUACCAUACAUGCGUUCCAGCUGCAUGGCGAUUCUGAUUGCAUUGACUUUGGAAAUCAAAUCUACUUAUCUUUACUGUUAGCCGAAGAUCAAAGUAUAAGCUUCGGUGCCAAGACUGCUCUCAUGCGGGUGCUUCGUCCACGUGUUAAAAGACGUAGAGUCUAUAUACCGUCACCUCCAAAUACUCCAGGUGCUGGUUCUUCGGUAACAACAGCUCAGCCAGCCAGCUCAAUUACUGAAGCAGCAGUGUCUGAGUCAGAAUUGAGCGCAAACCGCGAUGAUCAACAGGAGAACCAAUAUAUGGACGUAGAUGACUCUCUGGAACCCAUGGUGCUGCUUGCACCUGAUGGAGGUCUCGAGGCGUUGCUCGAUAUCCCCACGGACGCGGACGACGAGACCAUGGUAGAGCUGGCCAUCGCACUAUCGCUGCAGGAGCAAGGCCGUCGCGCGCCGCCCCCCGCGCCCGCGCAGCCGCCCGCCGCAUCCGCGUCCGCCGCGCCGCACGCGCCCGCCUACAGCGACGCCACUGCGUCACCCAACGGAUCUGACGACGAAGGCAGUACGGCCGCAACAGAUGGCAGUACAUUACGCACAUCACCAGCUGAAGCCGGCGGUUCUGCUGCUUCUGACAGCGGUGGUUCCGCAGCUGAUAGCAUCGGUGGUGUCUCCGGUCGGAGCAGCGCUUAUGGCGAGAUGUCAGCGCCCUCCGGACAGCCGUGUUCUACUGUCGUUGAAGUGCCGGCGGCGGUCGCAGGUCCGUCGAGUUCAUCUCAACCAAUGGCUUCAACGUCCCGUGCGGUAGAAGUUGAAAACGAAACGAGGAAAUUGCACACACUACGUCUGUCGCUGCUGUCUGCUGCUUUGGAUGCUGUACCAAUUCUCAGAACUCUACCUGGAGUUCGCGCCAUACCUUUUGUACAGGUGGUUUUAAUGCUGGCUGGUGACUUAGACUCGAGCGCGGAAGGCGACCGAGUAGUCCUUGAGCGUUUACUGGAAGUACUCGUUGGUGAACUAGAUAUUCAACCCGAAGAGCCCACAAGUGGUGAAGAUCGCACGGAAAAACGGGAGCUACAAUUAGCUAUAAUGAGGCUCGAGUUGCUCGUCUCAGAAUUGGAUGCGCAGGUGGUCGAACAUUCGCCGCCCGUACACGAGCGUACUAAUAGGAGGGAACUGCAGCUUAUCAUAAUGAGACUACUGAGUGUGCUAAUGGCUCGCUGGAAGUCGUGCGGUUCGGGCGGCGGCGGCAGCGUGUCGCGCGGCGAGGUGUCGGGCGUCGCGUGCGCCGCGCACGUGUCGCGCCUGGCGGCCGCGGCGCUGGUGCGGGCGGGCGCGCCGAAGCACUGCUACAACGUGCUCGCCGCGUUGCUGCCCUACUGGAAGGAAAAGAUGUCCAGUUCCGGCACGACGCCUACUGUUCAACAGUUACUCAAACCACAACCGCCACAACCUCUACCGGACAUGCAACCAUUUUUUGUUAAAGAAUAUGUUAAGAGUCACGCAUUGGAAGUGUUUGACAACUAUCCCCAAUUGGUGAUGGAGAUGGCUCUGCGGCUACCGUGCCAGAUUCAUAAGCACUGUGAUCCGAAGCACUUCGAUGCACGCUGGCGCACAUUACUCUGCGAGUACAUGAUGAACCAACAGACACCGCUCAGAAAACAAGUCCGUAAGCUGCUCCUGUUGUUGUGCGGAACACGCGAGCGUUACCGGCAGUUACGCGACGUACAUGCGCUCGACACGCACCUUAAUGCAGCGCGUGCUCUGCUCGCCACAGAUGCGGCCUACGAUAAACUAGUGCGGUUGAUGGAUCAUUUGAAGGCCUGUGCGGAGAUCGUGUCGGCGCGCACGGGCAACUGGCAGCACACGUGCUCGACGGAGAGGCGCGAGACGCUGGGCUGGCUGGUCGGCAUCGCGCGGCGACUGCACCCGCACGUGGCGCCCACCGUGCUGCAGCUGCUGCAGGCGGCGCUGUGCGCGCCCGCGCCGCCCGCGCCCGCCACGCCGCCCGGCCCGCCGCCCACCGCGCCACGCCCUGGCCAGGAUAAGAAUGUGUCCGAGUGGCCGGAUCGCGAGCGAAGUACCGAGAGUGAUGCCUUUGUAUCUGACGGAUCUAAAUUCCAGGAACAGAAAGUUCCACUACUAGUGCAGCAAAUAUUGAAACAGGUUAAUCAAGAUGAACUUAAACUCUUUGUAAAAGCAUUCCUUUUGGAAACGAAUUCGACAGCGGUUCGUUGGCAAGCUCACGCUUUACUUCUCGCUAUUUACAACAAUUGCUCACAAACUGAACAAGCUUCGCUUGUUUCUUUGCUAUGGGGCUUGUGGCCGACAUUACCCCAAUAUGGACGGAAAGCCGUCCAAUUCGUCGAUCUACUUGGUUACUUCACACUGAAAACUCCUAACGUAGAUAAUGAGAAAUACAUCGGUAGUGCCGUAGAACUGCUUCGCAAUCAGAACCAGCUGCUCUCGUCUCACGGCAACUCGGCGCUGUACGCGGCGCUGGGCGCGUACGUGGAGCUCGACGGGUACUACCUGGAGUCCGAGCCUUGCCUCGUCUGCAACAAUCCGGAGGUGCCCAUGGCGACCAUCAAACUUCCAACUAUUAAGAUCGACUCGAAGUUCACGACAACGACGCAGAUCGUGAAGCUGGUGAACAGUCACAUGAUAAGUCGCAUCAGUCUGCGCAUCGGCGACAUCAAACGCAGCAAGAUGGUACGCGUCAUCAACUUCUAUUACAACAACCGCACCGUACAGGCGGUGCAGGAGCUCAAGAACAAGCCCAGUAUGUGGCACAAAGCUAAGCGCGUUCAACUUCAGUCUGGUCAAUCGGAAGUGCGUGUUGACUUCCCUUUGCCGAUCGUGGCCUGUAAUCUCAUGAUGGAGUAUGCUGACUUUUAUGAAAAUCAACAAGCAACUGGGGAAUCCCUGCAAUGCCCGCGUUGCUCUCAAUCGGUACCGGCGAAUCCUGGAGUGUGUGCUAACUGCGGUGAAAAUGUGUUCCAGUGUCACAAAUGUCGUGCCAUAAAUUACGACGAGAAAGAUCCGUUCCUCUGCCAUGCCUGUGGGUUCUGCAAGUACGCAAAGUUCGACUACACACUGACAGCGCGCCCCUGCUGUGCCGUGGACACCAUAGAGAACGACGAGGAACGCAAGAAAAUGGUACAGACUAUUGGCGCUCUGCUCGACAAGGCUGACAGAGUCUACCGACAACUUAUUGCCAAUAAGCCCAUACUGGAGUCGCUGGUUCAUAAAAUAAGCGAGCACCGCGUGGAGGGCCGAGCCGACGAGAACUGCAACGGCGGCGGCGGCUCCUUCGGCGGCGCGCAGAUCAACCGCGUCAUACAGACGCUGGCGCACAAGUACUGCGUCGAGAGCAAGGGCCACUUCGAGGACCUCUCCAAGAUCAUACAAAAAGUGCUCGCCUGCAGAAAAGAGUUGGUGGCCUACGACAGAUCGCAAAGUGAACAACUUGAAGGAGAUACUUUACCAGUGUACGCUGGUUUAGUACAAAACUACGAUGGUGAUGUUACAAAAGAGAGCGGCGGCGGCGGCUGCUACGGCUGCUCGCUGGCGUGCGCCGAGCAGUGCCUCACGCUGCUGCGCGCGCUGGCCUCGCAGCGCGAGCACCGCGCGCGCCUCGUGCGCUUCGGCCUCGUGCACGAGCUCGUGCACCACAACCUGCACCGCGGCACGCCGCAGUGUCAAGACGAAGUUCGCUCCCUUAUCUGUCUAGUGACUCGGGAUAAUCUUCCCGCCACGAAGCAAUUGUGCUAUUUGCUUUCGCAAAGAAUUACUCUGUCACUGAUGGGGCAUGCUGCUUCACAAGAUCACAACAAUUCCGUGCGGCCCCUGGUACUGCUGCUGGGUGCAUUGGUUAAAGUUCAAGACUCUGUGGAGUGUUGGGAAGUGCGAUUGCGCUGUAUUGUCAAGCUGUGGGUUUGGUGCUGUCCUCAACUGACGGAGGUUGUAGGAAUUCCACCGGCAGCUACGGCUAUCUUGAAAUCUGAAGCACUAUCUGGAAUACCAGGAAUUAACACAUCUUCACCUAACUCGCACCAGUUCGCGCUGCAGCAGGUGGCGCUGCCGUGCCUGCGCUACAUGCAGGAGCUCAUGGUGCCCGCCGCGCCCGCGCCGCCCGCGCCCGCGCCCGCGCCGCCCGCCGACGAGCAGGGGAAGGAUGAUAAGGAAUCUACCCAGCCAACAGCGCCUCCACCAAUAGUCCUACAGGCAAAUACUGGCAACUUAGUCGUAGAUUUAUCUGCAUGGCUAGCCGGAAGAGUCCCGCACAACCAGUGGAGGAAACUGGUCGCUAAGAACGAAAUACCACCCGCUGAUACCACUCUACCGACGCGCGAUCUACACCUCGCUCACAAGUAUCUAGGCAAAUGGAAGGAAAAGAUGCUGUUGUCGCACGGCAUGCGUACAAUAUCGCUGGACGAGGGUGGCUGGCUGCGACCAGUCAUGUUUGAUCCCAGUUCACGUAUCGCACGUGACACUGCUUGCCAGAUGGUCAAGUCGCUCUGUGACUCUUACGACAGGACGAAGGCGGUGCUUAUAUUAUUGACGAGCUUCUUACCCGAAGUUGGAUCAGCCGGUGAAGCGAGCGAACAAUUUCUGCUUCUGUACCAAAGUCUAGCGUCCGAAGCUCCAUGGAAACAGUUCCUGGCACUGCGCGGUGUACUGCAACAAAUAGCCGAUUUGAUGACCAAAGAGAUCGAACAGCUACAUCGUCUCGAAGAAACAACGCUUACUUCUGAUCUGGCUCAAGGCUACGCCCUGAAGCGGCUGACGGAGCUGCUGGCCAUGUUCCUGGAGGAGGCGGGCGCGCGGCGGGCCUACAAGACGCGGCUGGUGGGCGCCGUGCUGGGCGGGUACCUGUCGCUGCGCCGCCUCGUCGUGCAGCGCACGCGCCUCACCGACGACACGCAGGAGAAGCUGCUCGAGCUGCUGGAGGAGAUGACCACUGGCACGGAAGCGGAAACGGCAGAGUUCAUGACGGUCUGUAUUGAGACGGUGCAGAAGUACCCGCUACACGAUUAUCGAACACCCGUCUUCAUAUUCGAGCGACUCUGUUCUAUCAUCUACCCCGAAGAGAACGACGUCGGAGAAUUCUUCCUCACGUUAGAGAAGGAUCCACAGCAGGAAGACUUCUUGCAGGGUCGCAUGUUAGGCAAUCCGUACUCGUCUCUCGAACCAGGCAUGGGCCCACUUAUGCGGGAUGUGAAGAACAAGAUCUGUACGGAUUGUGAGCUGGUUGCGUUGCUGGAGGACGACAAUGGUAUGGAGCUGCUCGUGUGUAACAAGAUCAUGUCGCUUGAUUUGCCAGUUAAGGAAGUAUAUAAAAAGGUGUGGUGCACGUCGGGAGAGGGCGUUGACGCGAUGCGUGUAGUUUACCGUAUGCGCGGUCUGCUCGGAGAUGCGACCGAAGAGUUCGUGGAGACCCUCAGCCAAACCAACGCGGAAACAGUAGACGAUGAACAGGUGUAUCGCAUGGCGAACGUACUCGCCGACUGUGGGGGCCUUGAAGUGAUGCUGCAGCGGCUGGCGGCCAUCGGGCGCGUGGGCUGCGCGCGCUCGCUGGUGGGCACGCUGCUGCGGCUGCUGGCGCUGUGCGCGCGCGUGCGGCGCUGCGUGCGCGUGCUGACGCGGCCCGAGGCGCGCGCGCUGCCCGUGCUGCUGCACGCGCUCAGCCUCGCCGCCGCCGACGAGCGGGAGAUGCAGAGGGCGCCUCUAGUCUACCAGUUGCUCGAGAUAAUGGAACGCAUUCUUUCCGUCGCAGCUAGCGAAAGUCUCGAAUCGUUUUUGCAAUUCUCACUCACUUUCGGUGGGCCGGAGCACGUGCAAGCUCUACUCAAUUGCACUGAAUGUCCAGGGAUUCGAAACAAUUCCGUUGCACUCGGACAUCUCACUCGUGUACUCGCCGCCCUCGUUUACGGCAACGAUCUCAAGAUGGCAAUGUUAGUGGAUCACUUCAAACCUGUACUGGACUUUAACCGACUUGAUUCUGAGCAAUGGAGCGAUGAGGAGUUCCGUAUGGAGCUGUUCUGUGUUCUAUGCGCUAAUAUAGAACGUAAUUCCAUCGGUGGCACACUCAAAGAUUAUUUGAUUUCGCUGGGCAUAGUUCGUGAUGCUUUGGAGUAUAUUGUGAAACAUGCGCCGUGUGUAAAACCGACUCUCGUGUGCACGGACUCGGACGAGUUAAAAGAGUUCAUCAGUCGGCCAGCACUGAAAUACAUCCUGCGCUUCCUCACCGGGCUCGCCGCAGACCAUGAACCUACCCAGAUGCUAGUAUGCGAGAAAGUUAUUCCGAUCGUACAUCGCCUUGAGCAAGUAUCGUCCGGAGAACACGUAGGUUCGCUCGCAGAGAACUUACUGGAAGCGCUACGUUCUCAGCCGCAAUGCGCCGCUAAAGUCCAACAAGUUCGAGACUUCACUAGACAGGAGAAGAAGCGUCUAGCGAUGGCGGUGCGCGAGCGGCAGCUGGGCGCGCUGGGCAUGCGCAGUAACGAGCGCGGCCAGGUCACGGCGCAGUGCAGCCUCACGCAGCAGGUGGCCGACCUGGCCGAGGAGGCGGGCGCCGUGUGCUGCAUCUGCCGCGAGGGGUACAAGUACCAGCCCACCAAGGUGCUCGGUAUCUACACGUUCACGAAGCGCUGCCCGGUGGAGGAGUACGAGGCGCGUGCGCGGAAGACGCUCGGCUACACGACGGUCUCGCACUACAACAUCGUGCACGUCGAGUGUCACAUGGCUGCCGUCAGGCUUGCACGUGCUAGGGAUGAGUGGGAGAGCGCGGCAUUGCAAAACGCAUCGACGAGAUGCAACGGUCUCCUACCUCUGUGGGGGCCGUACGUACCCGAGUCGGCGUUUGCCUCUUGUCUUGCUAGACAUACCACAUAUUUACAGGAGUGCACCGGACAUCGCGACAUUGGACACACUUGCACAGUGCACGACUUAAAGUUGCUCCUCCUGCGUUUCGCCCGCGGCCUCAGCUUCCACAACGACACCGGAGGCGGCGGCCCGCUCUCGAACAUGCAGCUGGUGCCGGCGCUCAUGCACAUGGCACUUUACGUUAUCAACACGACCCGCGUGGCCGCUCGUGAGGUGUCUGCGUUGGAGGCGAGCCUGGCGUGGCCGCCGGCGCGCGUGCUGGAAUCGGCACAGGACGCAGAUGGCCCGCUGUACUUCCUCACACUCAUGCUGCUACUGUAUCCGCAUGCCAAAUGGCGCGCGAUGCGCCUGGACAUGAUCAAGCGCAUGCUGCUGCUGGGCCACGUGCGCGACGUGACGCGCGGCGGGCCGGCCGUGCGCGCGCUGACGCCCGAGCAGCGCGCGCCCUGCACGUGGCCCGAGUACAAGCCCUACGUCGUGUUCGUCGCGCUCGUAGACCAGCUCUACAACGUCAUGUUCAAGAACGUGAACGCGACGACAGUGGAGCAGUGGCCGAUAAAGCUGGCCGAGUACAUCCGGCACAACGACGAGGCGAACGCCAAGGCGGCGGAGCGCGUGGUGACGACGCUGACGGACGAGCUGCUGCCGUGCGACUCGUUCGCGGAGUUCUGCGACGCGGCCGGCCUGCUGGAGGACAUCCCCGACCCAGACGCCUUCCUGCGGGCGCUGCUGGACGAGCAACCUUGAGGAAGGCCUUUCGCGCCCUACUGCCUCAGCUACAACGGGUGCAUGGCCUGUUGAACAUAGACGGCGCCGAAUUUAACACGUGAAACACGUAGACAAUCGUUGGACUUUUGACUUAUAACAGUAUCCGCAUAUUAAAUUUUAGUAAUCACUUUUCGUAUAUUAACCCAUAUAUUCCUGUUUAUCACGAUUCUGGCGCUUGAAAUGUAUUUGCUUGUUUGGCUUCAAUAAAUAAAUAGUUUUUCGCUUCUAUAA